AUACAAACUAUAGAUAGAAUUAUCAGCAAAAAGCUUGACAAAAAGCUCAAAAAUAUACAACUCCCAUACCUAUUACAGAGCAGUAUUAGUGGAACUAGCCUUGCUAAAAAAUCACCCCAUAUUCAAGACUCAAAUUAUCAAGAACUA